AGAACGGAACUGCUUAUUCGGCCAUUGGAUACAGUUCUGAAUGGCAAACAAAACUCAGAAUUUUUUUGUUUUACUGUGUAGUUUUCUGUAUGUGGAAACCUAUGAACCUAAACAUUUUUAAGUUGUAAUAAAUAGCUUCGUCUCUCGGCAAUGUCCUAGCUAAGUAUAGAAGGAGAGCUUUAUUACUGUAGUGUUGAAUCAACCAACUGUUCUGCUCAUGAAUGAAAUGUGAAAAAACCCGUUGGCUUAGGACUUUCGAAGGCAGAGACAUCAGGCUUCGCUUCGUGUUGGACCAUAUUGUACUAUGAGUGGUCGACCUAGGACAACAUCAUUUGCUGAAGGUGGAAAAUCGGGCCAAAGCGCACCUUUUGGAGGGAUGAGAACCACCAGCAAAGAUGGCGGUAAGGUCACUACAGUUCUGGCCACAGCAGGCCAAGGGUCUGAUAGGCCCAUGGAGGUCAGCUACACAGAUGCCAAAGUUAUUGGAAAUGGUUCUUUUGGUGUGGUAUAUCAAGCAAAGUUGACUGAAACUGGUGAACUGGUAGCCAUUAAGAAAGUUCUCCAAGACAAACGGUUUAAGAAUCGUGAGCUUCAAAUUAUGCGUAAAUUGGAGCAUCAAAAUAUAGUCAAGCUUAAGUAUUUCUUUUAUUCCUCUGGUGAAAAGCCAGCCAUUUAUUUGCAGAAAGAUGAAGUAUUUUUAAACUUAGUGUUAGAGUUUGUACCAGAGACUGUCUAUCGUGUAGCGCGACAUUACAGUAAAUCCAAACAGACCAUACCUAUAUUAUAUAUAAAGCUGUACAUGUACCAACUGUUUCGGAGUCUAGCCUACAUCCACUCCCAGGGUGUGUGUCAUCGAGACAUCAAGCCUCAAAAUUUGCUGCUAGACCCUGAAACAGGGGUGCUCAAACUCUGUGAUUUUGGAAGUGCAAAAGUAUUAAUAAGGGGGGAACCAAAUGUGUCGUACAUAUGUUCACGUUACUACCGUGCUCCUGAGUUGAUAUUUGGCGCCACAGACUAUACAUGUCAAAUUGAUGUAUGGUCAGCAGGAUGUGUACUAGCUGAGUUAUUGCUAGGCCAGCCCAUCUUCCCAGGAGAUAGUGGUGUGGACCAACUUGUAGAGAUUAUCAAAGUUCUCGGAACUCCAACCAGAGAACAGAUCCGAGAGAUGAACCCUAAUUAUUCUGAGUUCAAGUUCCCACAGAUCAAAGCUCAUCCUUGGUCGAAGGUGUUCCGUCCUCGAACACCAUCUGAAGCCAUUGUACUUGUUAGCCGUCUGUUGGAGUAUACACCUUCUGGACGCAUUACUCCAUUGGAGGCUUGUUCCCAUAAUUUUUUUGAUGAGUUGCGUGAUCCAUCAACACGCUUACCUAAUGGACGAGAGCUACCUCUGCUGUUCAAUUUUACUUCUACUGAACUAGCCAUAGCCCCAGGUCUCAAUGCCACUCUAAUCCCACCACAUGCCAGAAACUCUACUGCAGAAGCACCAUCUGCUUCUGGAGCCACUCAGGCUAAUAACUCGGCAGGAACUCCAAACAACAACAAUGCUCUGGACAGUAAUAAUGGCGCUCCAGGUGUCUCCACAAGUGGGGACACAGCAUGAGGACUUAACAUGGUCUUUUUAUCAUGAUUCACUUUUUUCUUUGACAAACAGUAGUAAUAAUUUUCAAAAAGUGCAAGUCUCUCCUUCAAGUGGAUACUGGACUGAAAAAUGAAGAUGAGACAUAAUUUGAUGGUGGAGAAGUGUAUACAUUAAAGAUUGCUUGUCUUGUUAAUCAUGGUGGCCUCCACCAUUGUCAGACGUGUUGCAUGAAUGUGAUAAAUGAGAUGUUUUUAUUUUAUGCUGCAACAACUCAGGUUGGCUAUAUCUGGGGGUGACCUAAACUAGCUUGGUCAUUAGUUUAUUGUAUCUUAAGAAAAAGUCAUGUGACUAAAUACCAUGGAACCAAAGGGAGCUGUAGCACUAGGGAACUUUCUGUGGCUGUCAUAGUAUGAACUCUCUAGGACUUGUUUGAUGAGAC